AUGUGCGUCCUCGUUUCAAUUAUAGAAGUAACAGAAAUCCAGUUCGACGAAAAAGUGGUGAAUUAUGAGAGACUUCUGGAUUGGUUCUGGGAGAAUCACAACCCAACCAGGAGACACAAGAAGCAGUAUCAGUCAGCAAUUCUUUAUGUAGAUAACCAACAGAAAGCUGUGGCCGAGGAGAGCUUGAAGAAGACACAACAGAAAUAUAGUGGCAAGAAAUUAGAUACGUAUAUUGAGAAGCUGGAUUGCUUUUAUCAAGCAGAAGAUUACCACCAAAAAUAUUGGCUUCGCUGUCAAACAGCAAUCUUUAACAAGCUACAUUUGAGUGAUGAAGAAGUGGUCAGUUCAACGUUGGCGGCCAAAGUCAACGCAUUUCUAGCAGGUUACAAGAACUUUGAAGUUCUGAAACAGUUGGCGCUCGAUUAUGGUUUGGAUGAAGAUGUUGUGAAACUCAUCGAAAGUAUUGCUAGAACUGGUGGUGACACCAGCGCAUGCCACGUUUGA